AUGCACGGAGCCGCCCGCGCUGCAGCCACCAGCGUGAGUGCAGACUGCUGCAUCCCAGCCGGCCUGCGCCUCGGACCCGUGCCCGGCACCUUCAAGCUGGGCAAGUACCUGUCAGACCGCAGGGAGCCUGGGCCCAAGAAAAAGGUUCGCAUGGUGAGAGGGGAGCUGGUGGAUGAGUCUGGGGGCUCCCAUCUGGAGUGGAUAGGGCUAAUACGGGCAGCCAGGAACCCUCAGGAACAGACUCUGGAGGCUAUUGCAGACUUACCAGGAGGACAGAUCUUCUACAGAGCGCUUAGAGAUGUCCAGCCAGGGGAGGAACUGACUGUGUGGUAUUCCAACUCCUUGGCUCAGUGGUUCGAUAUCCCUACAACGGCAACACCCACUCACGAUGAGAAAGGGGAAGAACGCUACAUUUGCUGGUACUGCUGGAGGACGUUUAGAUACCCUAACAGCCUUAAGGCUCACCAGCGUUUCCACUGCGUGCUCAGCGGCGGCCGCGCCUUCCUGCACCACGAGCACGCAGCUCGCCAAGGCACCGCUCCGGCCCUAGAUGGCUUUCACCUGUCCCCGAAAUCCACAGCACCCGACUUCCCCGGGGCCAUCCCAUCGGACACUCUGCGGCCCCAUCCGCAGGCCGCGCCACCCGCUCAGGCCUGUGGAACGCGGGAGGGCAUUAAGCGCGAGGCGUCCUCGGCGCCGUCAGCCACCUCGCCGCCGGUGGGGAAGUGGGGGCUUCCCAAGAAAGGCAAGGAGCAGCCAGAGCGCGCCUUGGACAUGAGCGGAGCCUCCCGCGGACACAGUCACUUUCUGGGCAUCGUGGGUGGCUCCCCAGUCGGGGGAGGCGGCCUGGCUUUCUACCCUGGCGUGCGCUCCGCCUUCAAGCCCGCAGGCUCAUCCAGGGCCACUGCGGUCGCGCACGGCGACCCCUAUCGGGAGGAGGGCACCGGCAAACCCGGGACUGGCCUGACCUUGGGCAGGCUGCUGGGCGGGGGCCGGCCGGCCGGGCGUCCCCGGAGCGGCGAGAACCCGGCGGCGGGUGGCGCCAACCACCACCAUCACCACCACGCACACCACCACCACCAUCACCACCCCAAGUGCCUGCUCGUGGGAGACCCGCCGCCGCCCCCUGGCCUACCCUGUUCGGGAGCUUUGCGCGGCUUUCCUUUGCUCCCGGGUCCCCCAGAGGAGGCUUCUGCUUUCAAGCACGUGGAGCGUGCCCCGCCUACCGCCGCGGCGCUACCCGGAGCGCGUUAUGCGCAGCUGCCCCCCGCGGCCGCCCUGCCCCUCGAGCGGUGCACGCUCCCGCCCCUCGACGCGGGCGGGCUCAAGGCCUACCCGGGCGGCGAGUGUGGCCACCUGCCCGCGGUCAUGCCAGCCUUCACCGUCUACAACGGGGAGCUGCUCUACGGCUCGCCAGCUGCCGCUUACUACCCGCUCAAACUGCACUUCGGCGGGCUGCUCAAGUACCCAGAAUCCAUCUCCUACUUUAGUGGACCCGCGGCAGCGGCAGCUGCGGCUGCGGCUGCCCUGAGCCCAGCUGAGCUGGGUUCCCUGGCUAGCAUAGAUCGAGAGAUCGCCAUGCACACGCAGCAGCUGUCGGAGAUGACGGCCGGGAAGGGUCGUGGUCGCCUGGACACGGGGGCGCUGCCACCAGCCGUCGUAGCGGGCGGCGCUGGGGCCGGUGGCAGCGGGGUGGGCGGCGCCGGCAAGCCCAAGACGGGCCACUUGUGCUUGUACUGUGGCAAGCUUUACUCGCGCAAAUACGGGCUCAAGAUCCACAUGCGGACUCAUACGGGCUACAAGCCGCUCAAGUGCAAAGUGUGCCUGCGACCCUUCGGCGACCCCAGCAACCUCAACAAGCACAUCCGGCUGCACGCUGAGGGCAACACCCCCUACCGCUGCGAGUUCUGCGGCAAAGUGCUGGUGCGCCGCCGGGACCUCGAGCGCCACGUCAAGUCCCGCCACCCGGGCCAGAGCUUGCUCUCUAAGAUAGCCGACGGCCAGGGCGCAGAGCCUGGCUAUCCUCUGGAGUCCGGGGAACCCAAGAGUGACAACGACAGCGACGUGGAUGUCUGCUUCACUGACGACCAGAGUGACCCCGAAGGCGGGGGUGGCGGCGAGCGCGAUGCGCAAACUUUUCCUGCUCAGGGUUGUGGGAAGAAUUUGGGAGUCCCUCACUUUAGAUGUACAGCCAAGGAGCCCUGGAUUCGGGAAUUCUGCGGAAUUCAGCCGGAGCCAGGGAAGAAGGUGGGCAAAGGCGUUUCAAGAGCCGAAUUAACCCUUGUUAAAGUGUCCGUGUCCGCCUGGAAGCUAGAGCAUUAG